CUCGCUGCUGCUGGCGCACCGCGGCCUCCGGGCGCGCGCCCUGGCGGCACCGCCGCCCGGGCUGCCGCGCCCACCUGCCUCGGCGGCGCCCGCGGCGGAGGCCCCUCUGGUUCAGACGGUCUGGGACCCCGCGAGGCUGUCUGGCCCCGUGUUCCGGUGAGCCGCGGGCCGGAUGCUGCCCGCCGCGGGCCGCCGCCGCCGCCGUCGCCGGGUGGAUGUGGAGGAGUGGGCAGAGCGCGAAGGGAGGACUGGUCGCCACGCGGUCUUCAGCUCAAUCUUUUGUUUCUCUGUUGUUAAUGAUCGUGGCCAACAGUUGGCCGCCGAGUCCCACCCGAGGACUGCGCGCGCUCACCCGCGGCCCCGGGGCCCGCGAAUUGCGCGGGCGCGCCUGUGGCCUUGGACGGGUGCUGCCUGCCGUCGUCCUGCGCGUGGGCAGGCUCAGUUUUUCAAUACGGCGCCCGUGCGACUGUCCCACGGCGAAGAAGAACUGGUUCACGGCGGAGGUUGCCUUUGGACGCUGCUUGCGCCCGGCGUCUCGUACGCCCCGGAGCGGAACACACGAGGCACACGGGGGCCCUGUGCCGGCCGAUCACGCCGCUCAGCAGCGGCACGCCGAAGGGUAUGCCAUGACAGAGCCUUCUGCACUCCUGCGGCAUCCGCCUGCAGGCGCACUGUACAGCAGCAGUCUCGCCAGCGAUGGCCGCAGGAUUACGCAGCCUCCUCCCGUCCUGUCAGGUUCACUCACGACGGAUAUCUCCUUUCCCCUUGCUACCCAUGUCUGGUGCGUGGAUACAGGGUUGCGGCGCACGGUGCCGCGACCAGAUGCGGCCCCAGAGACCGCGCGCAGGGUCGCGCCGUUUCCCGAGUUGCGGCCGCUGCUUCUCCAAGACGUAAGACCAAAUUAG